CGCCGAGGGAGAGGGGCGGGGAUUGUAGCCUUGUCCUCCGUCGUCGUGUGGCUUGGCUCCAUGGCAGCGCCGUGGGUGGGCUCCCGGGAAGAUGAGAACUUCCGCUUCUCUUCCCUCCUUUCCUGAUCUAGGGCCCAGCGCCGCUUAGGCCGCGCCCACCUGGCUCAGGUUAGGACCGGGCGUAAUGCAGUGGCUAUUGCCGGGUCUGCUCCUGCCAUCCGUCCUGCGGCUUUUGUCGGGGCUGCUCCUGUUGACCUCGCUGUGCAGAGGAGAAGUCGCUCCGGCUGCCGUACAGCUGCUGCCCUCGUCGUCCUCUUCCUCUGCGAUCUCGGGCCACGACGAUGCUCCGGUGGUCUCCCUGGGCAGUACCGGUUCUCCGGGCGGAGAGGCGGCGCGGAGCGGCAAUGCUAGCAGCAACGUGGCCGGCGUGCCUUCCCGGCCUGAGCGCAACCAGCCCAUGACCCAGCGUGCCCUCUCGGUCCUCGUCCUGGCCAGCGCCGCCCUCAUCGUCUAUUUCGUCAUCCGGACCGUCCGACUUAGACGAAGAAGCAGAAAGACACGGCGAUAUGGGGUUCUGGACACAAACAUAGAAAAUACAGAGCUGACACCAUUAGAACAAGAUGAUGACGAUGAUGACACAACACUAUUUGAUGCCAAUCAUCCUCGAAGAUAAGUGUGUGCCUUUUGGGAAUUUUUUUUCCGUUGUGGAACAACAAAAGAACGCUAUACAGAAGGAAUAGGAAGCCAAUAUGAGAGCUGGAGAUAUACAUUAUGGCAUUCUUAGUUUGUUGCAAUAAGCACUGUAACAUUUUACUGUACCUUUUGUACAUACAGAAAUGUUUUAAGUUCAGAGUCUAUGGAAAUUGUGCACUAAAUUUAAACCUAUUUUAAAACAGGGCAUUUUCUGCUUAUGUUAAUUCUGUAUUGUGGUCUUCCCUUCUGGAAUACUAACUGAAAUUAUAUUUGUGGGUUUCUUGGCCAACUUAAUUUUUUAGCUUUAUGUCAAGCGUGAUAACUUACUUGUGUGAACUCUCAGCAGCUAACCUUUACUUUCAUUUAACAAAGAUCUUGCCAAAUCUAACUACCUGUGUCUGAGCAGUAUUUUUUUUCCUUUGUAAACUGGAUAUACAUUAUAGAUCUGUGUAAGUAAUGCAAAUAAAUGUUUACAGUAUUCCUAA